AUGAAAACGACAUCGCAUAUGGAUUUUUUGCCCAAGAGCAUUGACCAGCUUCAAAUGUCUAGAUCGCCAUCACCUCGGACAAACUUGGAUAGUGCUAGCACUCAGAACAAUAUCAAUUCUAAUCUCUCAGCUAUAUUGAGUGCUGUUAAAUCAAAUUCGAUGGCACUGAUCAAUGAAAGUAAAUCAGGACAUUCCCCGUCACCAAGAAAUGAAUCGGAUACAUCAGAAAAGGAUCUCGAUGCACAACAAAAAGCUUUUCAUAGAUUUACGACUUCAUUCAACGAUCUCGGUUUUCGUUCUUCUUUCCCAGUUAAUGUUUUUCCACCAUUCCUUGCGGCUCUCCAGCAGAAUCCAGUCACAUUACAUCAUCAGUUGAUGAAUUUGGGCCAUGAUAAUAGUUUAGGUCUUUCACCUGGCCUCGACGAUGAUGAAGAUUUAGAAAAUGUCGGAUCAACAGAACCUGAAGACUUAACUGUUGGAUUCCGAAAAGAAAAAAAGGAAGGUGACGAUAAUGCUGAUUCCGAUAUAAGUGGCCAACAAAAUUGGUCGUACGAAGAGCAAUUUAAACAAGUAUUUCUUAUUUUCAGUUUUAAAAAAAAUGAUUAUGUUCUUCAAAUUUUCCUCAAUUGUCGUAAUUGA